AUGACGUCAUACUGGGAAGAGAAAUGGCUGAAGCUGCUGUAAACACACUGCCAGUUUCCAAGUUUUAUUGCCAUUCGUGCUCUGAAGAAAUAAACCCCAAAUUACCAGAUUAUACAUGUCCUAAAUGUGAGAAUGGAUUCAUUGAAGAAAUAACAGAAUCAGAAGAGUCACCAAAUAGUAGUUCUCCACAAGAAAUAAUUGAUCCGGCAUCAAAUUUUGCAGAGAUAUGGGGCAGAGCCUUCCUUGAAAACUUCCAACAACAAGUUUCAGGUGUAAGUCAAGAUCGUCCACAGAGGUCUACAAAUUCAGAAGACAGGACAGAAUCAGAUUCUGAGGACACAGACACUGAGCAUCCAUUUGUAAUGAGACGUAAUGGUCCUGUUCCUUUCACCAGAAUACAACUUAGAACAAGAAAUAAUCAACAGUCACAGAAUCCUAGACAAGUUCCGUAUCUUCAAGGGUUGUUACAAAUGUUUAUAGACAGAUUAUCAGAUGCCCAUGGUCCAGCAUUAAAUUUUAUACCCAUGAUGCAUGGUAAUCCAGGAGAUUAUGCAUGGGGUGUUCAUGGUCUAGACAAUAUUGUUACACAGUUAUUGAAUCAAUUAGAAGGUUCAGGUCCAGCUCCUGCUGAGAAAAGUAAAAUAGAUUCAUUACCUUCAAUAAAAAUAACACCCAAGCUUGUAGAUAAAGGUGCACAUUGCGCCAUAUGUUUUGAAGAUUUUAAUUUAGACGAAGAAGUAAAACGGUUACCCUGUGAUCACCAUUAUCAUAAUGACUGUAUAGUUAAAUGGUUAGAAAUGCAUGGAACUUGUCCAGUGUGUAGAAAAGAUUUAAAUGGAGUAGAUUCUUCAUUACAGGACAAUUAUCCAAAUCCAGUAGAUAUUUUUGACAGUAAUUUAACAACAUCACAAAAUAAUAACACAGAAGAAGACGAUGAUUCUUGAAUAGUGUGAUUUUAUAUGCAAAGAGUUCUAUUUUAUAUGAAAAAAAGGUCUUGUAAUGAAUUUAUACAGAGUAUAUAUGUGAUAUCAUUUUUAGCCAAUGCAUAUUGACCCAACAAAAGUCAUUUAUUUAACAUGCAAUGCAGUCUGUAUGUAUUGUGAUAUUAAACUGUUAUGCAUUGUUUCUUGUAAGAACCUGUCAUCUAAUGCAUAUUUGAUGAGGGUAAGGCAAAAUAUGUGCUGUGAUCAGCCAAAUAUCAGUUUUGAGUUUUUUCCAAAUUUAAUAUACUUGCCUUUUUCAAAAUAUUACCCCAAAAAGCAUUAUUUCAUCUGGUUUCUGAUACGACACAAUGAAGAAAGUUCAUUUUAAAAUAUUCUGCUACAUAUACAGAACAAAUAUCAUCAUUAGAAAUGAUUGUCAAUCACAGUUCAAGCUUGCCAGGGACACAAUUAACUCUGAAUUAUUGUGAUAGUUUUAUGGUAUGUGUGUGAAUGAUUGUUACUCCUUGUGGUCAUCUAGGUUUUUUGUGAGUUUUUCUAUAUAACUUUUGUUAAAGUUCAAUCUUUUAUAAGUUUUACCAUUUUUCUUUAGCAUGGAAUAAAGAAUCCAAUCAUAUUGAGCUACUGCACAUUAUGAGCUCUUUGGAUCACUUUUCUAUGAUAUGAAUGGUUUCAUGUUCAUCCAAAAGGAGUUGAACUUUUCCAGUGGAUCUAUUUGACAUGAUCUUUCAGAACCAUAUUGAUUUAUGUAGUCCUUAAGGAAAUAGACCUAAGUCAAGGGACAUAACUCUUUAACAAUCACAUGACCUUUUAAUAAUUAAAAUUAUUAAUUUGCUGGGGUAACCCCCACCCCCUCUUCCCCUGUAAGAAAAUUUAUUUAAAGAAGCUCAUAUUUAUUUGCUGGGGUAACAUCCCCCUUAAGAAAAUUUACUUUCAAGAAGCUCUUAUUUGUUGCUGGGGUGACAUCAUGCUGUGCAUUGAAUAUCCUAUUAUUCUGAAAUCACUUUCUUUUAGAAUGUUUUUUUUUUUUUUUAAAGAGUUUCAUAUUCUGUUAGUAUUGAUAUACACAAGGACUUGAAUAAAUCCAAAAGAAAUAUCUGAGCUAAAGGGGUACAGAUGGAUGAAAGUUUUUAAGCUAAGAGUGAAAAAUGUCUUAGUCUGAAAAAAAGGUUUUAUUAUGUAAUAAUAUAUUUGUAAAUUUGGAAUAUUGUCUUUUAAAGUUAUGAAUAUAUUUGAAACUGAACAGUAUGUUUUAAGCUCACAUGGUCUUAAAGCAACUUUACUAUGUUACUUUUGUCCAAUAUUGUUAAAACAUAAUAGCUUAUUGAGAGAAACCACUGUGUUAAAUGCAGCUUAAUUUGACAGCAAUGUUAUUGGAAAGCCCUCAAUAGUAUUUAGUUUCAAUCAAAUACUAGAUUGAUAUUAGGGAUAAUGAUGGUUCCUGAUUGGCUGAAACUUCAAAGCUGACUGACUUUUUUAUAUGGUGUAAUUGAUUUUUGAAAGAAUUGAAAUAUAUGAAAAGUAUAAUGGCCCUUUCUUAAAUUUGUAAUGUUGGUGUGGAUUUGAAAUCCAUGCCACCACAGAUAUGAAAAUAGGUUUGUCUUUGAUUGUAGAUGAUAUAAUGGUUCAAGGAUGACUUGAAGCGAAAUUUAUAUUUUAAAACUGCAGAAAAUUAAAACAGUCUCUUCAAAGAAAAUAUGAUUCAUGAUUAAAGGGUAGUUUACUUUGUAAUUUGAAAAGUUUUGAAGGAAAAGUUACUUUAUAGACAAUUUUAAGAAGUUAUUGUUCAUUGCUUAUUACUUAUUUCGACAAUGUGAUUUUAAUUUGACAUCCAACGCACUUGUAUUGUCCAGUCAUGAUAGUUCAUAACUAAUUAUAAAAAGUGAGAAUUAGACAUUUUGGGACGAAAAUGUAUAUGACUAUGACCAGAAUUCAAUCUUUUUUUUUUUUUUUUAUCAUUUAUCAAAACAAAUAGUUAUCUCCCUUAUUUAUCAGGUAGAAACUAAUAGCUAUCUCCUUUUCCAAUAUUUAAAGAAGCUUUCAUUGUCUCGUAGUUAUUUUUAGUCAAUAACAUGAUGAAGAUUAAUAUUCAGUGCAAGUUUUUGUAAGGCAAUGAAGACAUACAUAACGUGAAUGUUCAAAAAAAAAUUUAAGUUAGGAAAUUUACAAAUUGUGCAAAUAGAGAUAGUAUGACAAUUUGCAGAUUUGUUUUAAUUUUUGGUAUUUUUGCAUUGUUAAUAUACAUAAAAGGAUUAAAGGAAUUUUAAAAAUAUGGGAUACAGAAAAACAACAUAAAUCACAAAUAUCUGACUCCUGAAAAAAAUAGACAUACAAACAAAAACAAACAUAAAAAACAACAUAUGGUUCAGAUAGCUUGACUUGUUACUAGCAUAAAAUUUGGAGGGGUCAAACCAGUU